AUGCAUAAAUCUUCCUCUCCCAUCUCCAUGUCGACCACUACACGCCAGGAUCGAAACGAAACAUCUUCAUCCUCCUUGGCCUCGGGAGCAAUUGUGUCUCCCCCUUCGUCGUACUCUUCAAACGCUUCGUCGGCAAUGGAUGCCCUUGCAAAGACCUUGUCCCCUGCCCGUGUUGAUAUCCAUCACAAGAGGGUUCAGCGGAUGCUUCAGCAGAACAGCUUGCUCUGGUGGGAAUUGGUGCGGUAUACCCGUAACCUAGAGCGGAGUGAACGGGAGCAGGAACGAGAAAAGGAGCAGGAACAGCCGCCUAGUUCUGCAGCAGCAUCAGGGACAGCCACUUCUGCAGCGACUACACAGCCUCGGGGGUUGCAUCUCUACCACCACCAUCAUCACCACCAUCAUCACCACCCUUCAUUGCCUCCACUACACCCUCAGCAGCAAGCACUGUCCAGGGGCCUUAUGGCACCGUCCAAGAGCAGCAGUGGCAGUCGCUCUCAGAGUCGUUCCCAUCCAUAUGACUCUGCCGUACAUCGUGACCAAAACUACCCGCCGAGAUGGCCCACGGCCGAGACAGUAGACUACCGGAGAUCCGAUCAGCCCAAUUCGUCCCAUAUGGAUCAAGAUGACCAUACCAAGGAAGGAACAGGAACAGGAGCAGGAGGGGUGGAACCCGACUUUGAACCGGUUAUCUCAAAGUACCCCUCGACAACUCAAUCGCCCUCGCCUGUAUCGACACCACCUCCAACCCAGCAGACCUUCGAUACACCCAUGUCUAAGCGAUACGGAGAUGAGCCCUCACAGGAGGAGUCACCGUCGGCAUUUCAGCACCACCGCGACUAUUACUCGCACUCUCGGCGGCAUAGGCGUUAUCAGGAAGGCCGGCCCUCUUACUCUACUCAUCUACCACAUCACCAGGACCAUUACCAACCUCACCAUCGCCGUCGAUAUGAUUCAGAAGCCUCGUCGCACCGAUACCCAACACACCCAUCCUCGGCACCACCGCCUCGUCCAGACAGUCGUUAUGAAUCGGGUAGCGCAACCCCGACGACGUCAACUCCAAAGCGGCUGCCUCCGAUGGAUGCCAACAGGAUCGAUGCUGCUCCAAAUGGUGCAUUGAACGCGAUGAACUCUUCGGGACCAUCUUCGACUGCCUCCUCGCCAAGAUCUCGGGAACUUUCUUCGGCCUCAACCGUCUAUCAGAACCCUCAUCACCGAGAACCGUCGGAUCCUCGCUACCAUUCGUCCUACCACGCAUCAUCGCAUCAUGAACCUGCACCACCUCCCCCCCACCACCAGCAGCCUUUGUCAACACCAUUCGGUCCUCGACGAACCGCCCCUUCGCCGUCCGAGUUUUCUCCGCACAGUCAUCACAUUCCUCAUCACCACCAGCAUCCUCAGCAUUACUCUCACAACCCACACCAACAACCAUUAACGUCAAGACCCUCAGCAUCACCACACCCUAAGAUUGAACCUUUGCCACGGCCGGUCCCCGUGAAACCAGCAUCAUAUGUCUCGCCGUCCGCAAUGUCCUCGAUUUCUCCAGCACCACCACAACAUCAUUUGAUGGCCCCCUCGGCUUCGGCUUCUAGCUCACCUGUGGCGAGGACGACACCACCGACAGCAUUCGCAGCUGCAGCGACAACAGAGGGCCACCACCACCAUCAUAUCCGUAGCACCGAUCCUGGUACUGCAGCAGCAGCAGCGUCCGCAACAACAACAUCAUCACCCUCCUCCUCCUCCACGCAUCCAGGAUCAUCCGGAGGCGCACAACCAUCAUCAUCCACUCACACGGAUCCCAACAGCACCAAUGGAAACAACGUCGACCCCAACAGAAAGCGCAGAGGCAACCUCCCCAAAUCCGUCACCUCUGUCCUGAAAUCAUGGCUGGUCCAGAACGCGAUCCACCCAUACCCGACCGAGGAAGAGAAGAUGCGACUCUCGGAGGCGACACAACUGUCGAUGAACCAGAUCAGUAACUGGUUCAUCAAUGCUCGCCGGAGGAUCUUGCAACCUAUCCUUCACGAGGCCGCUGCUGCUGCUGUGGCUGGGACCGAUGCGCCUGUUGAGAAUGUGUUGAUUGUUAGGAAGGGUAAGGGGUCAAGGAUGCAUGUGGAGAUGGAGGGUGUUGUCUCGGGUCAUCCUGGAGGAGGACCAAGUUCUACGCAUCAACACCAACACCAACAUCACCACUCAGUUGGUCAAAGCCCCAGUCAUGGCCACCAUCACCCCCAUAACGAGUCCGAGUCGAACGAGGAAAAUGUUUCCCUCGCGCCUGUCAAGCCUGCCUCCCAUUCAAGUUCUCCACAACCCCAACCUCACAACCAAAGCCAUCCUCAACCCAUCCUGAGCUCUUAA